UCAUAAUUUAUCCUUAUGGCAAAGAAAGGAACAACAAAUAUGUUUCUGUAUACUUGGCCAUGACAAACACUAGUUCUUUGCCUAUUGAUUGGGAGUUCGAUGCCAUCUUCACUAUCUUUCUCCAUAAUCAGAUCUUGGACAAAUAUUUUUGUUGUCGAGUAAAGCGUCGUUUUAACGGAGCAAAGUGCAAAUGGGGAUUUCCAAAAUUCAUCUCUACAAAUGAACUAGUAGAUAGAUCAAAUGGAUAUCUUGUUGAUGACAAUCUGGUGCUUGGUGCUGAAGUUUUUGUCCUCAAAAGACAACGAGUCGUUGAGAAUGUGAAUGUGCUCCGACCGUCAAUAUUUGUACGCGAUUGGGAGAUUUCAGAAUUCUUAAAAUUGGAAAACGUUUGGACUUCUGAAGAAUUCAAUAUUUGGGGUUUCAAUUGGAAAAUAGAGCUAUAUCCAAAUGGGGGCGACUUGAGUUCAAAGGACAAUGCAGUGAAAAUACAUCUGGUGUGUGUUAGUGCUCAUACUUUUGCUACUCAUCAAAAAGUUAAGGCGGAAUUUUAUAUGCGCCUAUUAGACAGGUCUGAUGCAGUAAUACACGAUUCUGGAAAGCUUUUUCAUUGGUUUACAUCUUCAAGUACAACUCGGGGCCCUUCAUUCAAAAGUCUUGCUGGCUGUUGCACCCUUUCUGUGGAUAUUUAUCUACAAGUUGCUGUGUAGACAAUGAUUAUUUAGUUCUUAUUCUUUACUUAUUUAAAAUAUUUAAAUUUGAACUUUAAUACUUGAAUACUAUUUUUAUUCUUUUCGUUAUUGUAGCUUUAAUUGUUUGUGUUUGAUUUCAUUUAAGUUGUUAGUUUGCAAAAUUAUCUUUGAAAAGUUGUCAACAUCAAUUAGAUUUCUGAAAAAGAACAAAAAAAAUUAAGAUGUAUGCAUU